GCAGCAUUUCCUUCCUAUUGGACUAGAUAUAUAUUAUGCAUAAUAAACUGGAUGUGUGCCAUUACUUCACAAGAAUGAUUUGUCAACUGACUCUUCUCUUUCUCCUCACUUCUCUUCCUCCCAAAACUCUUGGAAUACAGUAUCAAUACGAGAGUCAACCUGUUAUCCUUAAAUCUGAUGGUGACACUAGGAUAAGUGGUAUACAGGACAGGAUUGGGAAAGAUAUAGUCCUGGGAGGUCUUUUCACAGUCUACUACAGCUCUGGGGGAACAGGUGUUGGCAGCUGUGGUGAUGAGAUAUGGGAAGAUGGCAUGGAGAUGCUGGAGGCAAUGCUGUUUGCUAUUGAUAGUGUCAACUCUGAUCCAACUCUACUCCCUAACUUGACACUGGGCUAUGACAUAAGGGACACUUGUAAAAGGGAGAAUGUGGCCAUGGAUGAGACUAUAGAUAUUGUUUUAUCCAGUGGGGAUUUGGAGCUGGAGAGCUGUGCUGUUGUGAACACCAGCACAUCAGAGCAAGUCCCAGUCUCAGUCAUUAUAGGAGCAUUUGAGAGUUUCAUCACAACACCAAUGGCUGGCCUACUCCGUCUCUUCCAAAAAUCCCAGAUAAGCUAUGGAUCCUCAUCAACUGCUUUGAGCAAUCGUGAGCUGUAUAGCUAUUUCUUUCGUACAUUCCCACCUGACGAUAAACAAGCACAGGCCAUGGUUGAUCUCAUUGUGCAUUAUGGCUGGGACCACAUCUCUACCAUAAAUUCCAAUAACUUGUACGGUCAGAGAGGAAUUGAGGAAGUGAAGAAGCAUGCUGCAGCCAGUAGUAUCUGCAUUGACUUUGAUGCUAUCAUUACGGAUGAAUUCAAAAUAGCAGAUUAUGCUAACCUAGCAAGUGAACUACUGAAUUCAUCAGCUAAUGUAGUGGUGCUUUUUGCUUCAGUGCAUCACGUACGUAGCCUCUUCACAGAGCUAGAUAGGAUACAGACUCUUAAUAGCAAUGAAAGACGCUUUGUAUGGAUUGCUAGUGACACGUGGGCUGAACUGACAGACAGGGAAUUCAAUAAUGUUACUGCAGGAAAAUUUGGUUUUGCAGCUUUCUCUGAGAACCUUGAUUCAUUUGAUGUCUACUACUCUCAGCUGCUCCCUAGCACUAAUAAACGCAAUCCAUGGUUUCCUCCCUACUAUGAGCAGUAUCACAAGUGUAAAAUUGAUGGAAUACCAGUUUGUGACAACACCAGUGUUACUAAUACUUCAGAGUAUAAGCAGUUUUCAGUUGUGCCUCUAGUGAUGGAUGCAGUUUAUGCAGCAGCUCACGCUAUUGAUAACUUCAUACAGGAUAACUGUGAUCAACCAGUUCAAUGGUACCCAGGCAAUCAAAGCUGUCGUGGGUAUAAUCAGUCGUUAAACGGCGACGUUUUGUUCCGGUAUAUUAGUAAAGUUAACUUCACAAGUCCCAGUAAUAAUAUGGUCAAUUUUGACUCCCUGGGAAACAUUGCAGUAGCAAAGUACAGUAUAUUCAAUUACCAGUUGAUUAAGUGUACUUCUAAUGACUGCCCUCCGCUUAGCUUAGUAAACAUUGGGACUUGGGACAGUAGUGUCUCAAAUAAUCGUCUACAACUCUACCCUAAUGUUAGGAGUCAGUUUGGAAUAACUUCAUCAGGUGAGGGAGAGUAUAUGCCUGUGCUAACAUUGAAAUCACAGUGUCAGGUUUGUAGCCCGGGCCACAUUAAACGCAUAGUUGUAUCCUCAUGCUGUGGUACAUGUGAUCCAUGUCUUGGGCAAAACUAUACCAACGCUUCGUUAACUAAUACAUCAUGUCAAACAUGUCCUAGUGACAUGUGGGGCAAUAAUCCGUUAACUGGUAGCACUGGCUGUGUUGAUAUUUCUCACUCAUAUCUUAAACCAACCGAUGCAUGGGGCAUAGUACUGAUUGUGCUGUCUGCAGUUGGAUUAAUAGCAGUUGUAUUUGUUACAUGUGCUUUUAUUUGGUUCUGGAAUACUCCUAUAGUCAAGUCUUCAGGAAGAGAACAAAUGAUACUUCUACUCAUUGGCUUGACCCUCUGCUUUCUUGUAACAAUCGUUUUUCUCUUAAAGCCUUCGCCAGUUUCUUGUGGAUUCCAACGCGUUGGUCUCUGGUUUUGCUUCUCCCUUGUACUCUCCGCAUUACUAGUAAAGUUAAUACGAAUAUCACGCAUAUUUUUACACAAGAGCAUCUCAAAUCGUCCCAAAUACACUGGAUCAAUCCAUCAGAUUCUGUUCACAUUCCUGUUGGUCGGUGUACAAAUGAGCUUUGUUUUAGUUUCAAUGAUAGUUGUCCAUCCAGACACUAUAACCUCAACCAAGCUUGACGAGAACAAUCACAACGAUUAUCCAACACUCAUCCUAAAGUGUACCUCCCCACACAUUGCAUUGAUCAUAUUACAGAUGCUGUAUUUCAGUGCUUUACUUAUUGCUAGCAAUGCACUAGCAGUCCUUACCAUUAGAUUCCCUGCUAACUUUAACGAGUCAAAGUAUGUCUCCUUCUCUACAUUUUCACUGGGUCUGAUGUGGUUCCUUUUCAUACUCUCCUAUAUUGCUACUAAUGAUUCUACCAUUCAAACAGCAGUGAUCUCCUCUACGAUACAAUUGAGUGCAUUGGCUGUAUUGUUCUGCUUGUUUGGUCCUAGAGUGGUUAUCAUGAUAUUCUGGCCUCAGCAAAAUGUCCUGGAGACUGCAAUGCCAACACAACCAACUUUGCUGAACAGUUUUCCAAAAGCCGAUCACAAAGAUGGUGGCAGUAUAAAUUUAGCUAAAAGGACAGUGUAGAAGAAGUUUUCAGCAUUUUUAAUAUUAAAAUUAAUACUAAUAAUAAUAUAAAUAUUUGUGAGCAUGAUUAUAGUCUGCAGUGAAAAAUGCAAUUUUAAAUAUUGAAGAUUUUUUUAAAUAUAA